AUGGACGGCGCGUACGCAUUCCCUCCAAUUCAUGAGGCUUCAGCCUCAUCUUUGCCUUCUUCGCAGACGCAGACGCAUAGAAAGAUGCCAUCUGCGACGUUGCGAGCUGAGGAGAUGUUGCUACAAGAUCAGGAGAGGUCGCUUUCCCCGGACGAUCACGAGGAUGGUGAUGCUUAUGUUGAGAUUGAGGAUCCGGAUCAUGAGGAGCGGGUGAGGAUUUGGCCGGUGUUGGCGGCUGGGUGUACUUUAUGGGGAUUACAAUUGGUGUGGUCGACUAUUUUCGCGAGAGGAACGGCAUAUCUUCAAUCGAUUGGAAUCCCGAUAUCUCUAUCGGCCUUGCUAUGGGUCGCGGGUCCACUGUGUGGUCUUGUUGUCCAGCCUGUGCUGGGGGCAAUUAGUGACUCCUACGAGCCAGGACCUGGGAGGAACCGACGCAAUCCAUUCAUACUGGCAGGUGCCAUUGCCACGGCGGUAUGUAUGCUUGGCCUGGCAUGGACGCCGAACAUCGCGGCCCUCUUCGCUGGAAUCUUUGGUGAAAGCUCUCGCAGCACGCUAUUGAUUGCGAACGCCUUUGUAUGGGUGUAUGGCCUCAACAUCUCUAUACAGCCUCUGCAAGGUGGCAUCCGCACCCUCAUGCAUGAAGUGGUACCCAUGCGAGCACAGUCCUGGAUCGCGGCGUUGAAUGGCAUCAUUGUGGCUGUUGGUACCAUUUGUGGAUAUCUGCUGGCCUCAAUUUCCUUUGGCCAUUCUUCGUCAGGUCCAGAGUCGGAGGUUCUGCAGUUCCAGGCACUCAGCGUCACUGUAGCGUUUUUACUUCUGGUCUGCUCAGUGAAUACGGCGCUGUGCACGUACAGAACGGUCAAUACGAGGAACAGCGAUACUUCGCUCGCCACCUCCUGGUACUCGCUGUCGCUCAAGGACGCAAUCCUACGCAAUUUGGAAUGCUUGCGCUCCAUGCCAAGGAGCAUACGGCUCACUCUCCAGGUGCAGUUCUUUUCCUGGAUGGGCUGGUUUCCAACUCUAUACUAUCAAACAGCCUAUCUGGCACACCUCUACAAGAUUCCGACACGGACUGCCAUGUCGAAUUCAUCGCAACAUGCUGAGCAGGCAGCUUUCGACUCACUGCCUUUCGCAAUCGUCAUGCUAAUAACAUCGAUCGCUCUGGCAGCGGUCCCUGCAUGGAUGGACUAUGCUCCAAAGCACACAGCAGAUGGGCAGUCCACGAGAUCUCUCCAGUUGCUGGUGGAUCUGUGGUUGGCUGGCCACGUGCUAUUCUCCAUUACAAUGGCAUCGACGCCAUUCGUCACCAGUACGACGCAGGGGAUCGUGGUGUUUGCCAUGACUGGUAUCCCACGGGCGUUGUCAAUGUGGGUGCCAUUUGCACUGGUUGGAAGGGAAGUGACCGAGUCUCGAGACGCAGGAACGUUGACGAGCUUGCACAACGCGGCCAUGUCCGCGCCUCAGAUUCUGGCGGCCGGGGCGUGUGUCGUGCUGUUCAUGGUGGCGAAGUAUAUUGGAGGUCUGGAAGAGACUGUGUGGGCUAUGCUGCUGGCAAGCGUUGCUGGAGUCCUCGCUGCGUGGAAGACGUGGCAGCUGCGAGGGGGGAUGAUGAAGUGA